UCCGGAAGGCAAGGCCCUCUCCCUCCCGCCCCCGCUCCAGCCUCUUCUCUCGGCCCCGUGCGCCCCCCUGCGCCCCCAUGCCGGCCCUGCUGCUCCUCGCGACGCUGCUGCUCCUGGCCUCGGCCGCCGGCCCGGCCGGGGCGCGCCCCGCCAACGCCUCGAGCCCGGAGCCUACGGGCCCGCUGCCCGCCCUGCUGGCGCACCUGCGGCGGCUCACCGGGGCGCUGGCGGGCGGCGGGGGCGCGGGGGGCAACGGCUCCAGGCCGGGCGCGGCGGCGCGGGCGCCCCCUCCGGCCGAGCUCUGCCACGGCUACUACGAUGUCAUGGGCCAGUACGACGCCACCUUCAACUGCAGCACCGGCUCCUACCGCUACUGCUGCGGCACCUGCCACUACCGCUUCUGCUGCGAGCACCGCCACAUGCGCCUGGCGCAGGCCUCCUGCUCCAACUACGACACGCCGCGCUGGGCCACCACGCCGCCGCCGCUGGCGGGGGGCGCGGGGGGCGCGGGCGGCGCGGGCGGGGGGCCCGGGCCGGGCCAGGCCGGGUGGCUGGAGGGGGGCCGGGCGGGGGGCGCCGGGGGCCGCGGGGGCGAGGGCCCGGGGGGCAGCACGGCCUACGUGGUGUGCGGGGUCAUCAGCUUCGCCCUGGCCGUGGGCGUCGGCGCCAAGGUGGCCUUCAGCAAGGCGUCGCGGGCGCCCCGGGCGCACCGGGAGAUCAACACGCCCAGGGCUCUGGUCGAUAUUCUGAGGCACCAGGCGGGGCCUGGGACCCGCCCCGACCGGGCCAGAAGCAGCUCCCUGACCCCGGGGGUCGGGGGUCCCGACAGCCUGGCCCCGAGGACGCCCAAGAACCUGUACAACACCAUGAAGCCCUCCAACCUCGACAACCUGCACCACAACUACCUGCACCUCAACAUCAACAGCCCCAAGCACCAGGCCACCACGCUGGACUGGCGGGCUGUCCCACCACCCAGCCCGUCCCUGCACUACUCGACUCUCUCCUGUUCUCGGUCCUUCCACAAUCUGUCGCAUCUUCCCCCAUCCUAUGAGGCUGCUGUGAAGUCUGAACUCAGUCGCUACUCCUCCCUCAAGAGACUGGCCGAGAAGGACCUGGACGAGGCCUACCUGAAGCGGCGGCACGCGGCGGAGAUGCCCCGCGGGACGCUGCCCCUGCACGCCCUGCGGCGCCCGGGCACGGGGGGCGGCUACCGCCUGGACGCCUGGGGCGGCCCCGAGGAGCUGGGCCUGGCGCCCGCGCCCCACCCGCGGCGCGUCAUGUCGCAGGAGCACCUGCUGGGCGACGGGGGCCGCGCCUCGCGCUACGAGUUCACGCUGCCGCGCGCGCGCCUCGUGUCGCAGGAGCACCUGCUGUCCUCGCCCGAGGCCCUGCGCCAGAGCCGCGAGCACCUGCUCUCGCCCCCGCGCAGCCCCGCGCUGCCCCCCGAGCCCGCCGCCCGCGCCGGCCUGGCCGCCUCGCACUCCAACCUGCUGCUGGGGCCCGGGGGGCCGCCCACGCCGCUGCACGGGCUGCCCCCGCCGUCGGGCCUGCACGCGCACCACCACCACGCCUGGAUGGCCGACGCGGGCGGGGGCGGGGGCGCGCUGGCCCCCAGGCCGCCCUUCCAGCGCCAGGGCACCCUGGAGCAGCUGCAGUUCAUCCCCGGCCACCACCUGCCCCAGCACCUGCGCACCGCCAGCAAGAACGAGGUGACUGUCUGAGGGCGCAGGGGCCUGGGCCGGCCUCCGAGGGCGCUGCUUUGGAUGAACUCGAGUCCGGGGACCAAGCCGCCUUCCCCGGUGUCAUCACCGCUUGAGGCAAGGGCCCUUUCCCGUGAUGGCAUCCCAGAGGAAGACGCCUGCCCGUGCUGGUACCCAGAGACUUCCUCCCGGUGAUGUCAGAGCAGAGAUGCCCUCCUGAGACAUCAUCCCUAGAGACACAGUCCUGUAAUGUCACUGCAGAGGCACGCCCCACCCUUCUGAUGUCGGCUCCAGCACCAGGGCGUCUUUGUGCAUCACCAUCCCCAGGAACGCAUGUUCGUCCUGAAUCUUCACGACAGGGAAAAUGCCUCCAUCCCACGUUGUCAUCUCUCCCGUCAAAGCCACCUUCCCGGACGCUCUGCGGGGGAGAGGGGAGAGCGCCUUGCCUGCUGUGUCCCCUCUAGAGGCAGUGCCUCUUUCCAUGACAUGUCCUUCCUGUGGCACCAUCACCAGAGGAGGUGCCUGGCUCUGUGGAGUCAUCCGACGGGCUGUGCUCUUCUGUGAUGCCAUCAUCAGAGAGGACAACCCCUGGGACAGCUCCAGGAUGAGGCCCCUUCUGCGGUGUCACCACCGGACUCUGCCUGCUCUGAGACGGCACCAUGAGGUGCCCCUACCAUGGCUGUGAUGUCAUGAGAAGCCAGGGGCACCGCCGGACAAAGUGUCCUGUUCUGAAGUGGCAUCUGCGGGAUGUCAGCGCUGGGGCCUGCCCUGUUUGGAGAGCCCCCUGCCAGGGAUGAUGGUUUGUCUGUAGGUUGUUGGCAGUGCUGUCCCCACAAGGCUCUGUCCCAGUGCUGGGACGUCACCACCAAGAGCCUCUUCCCCAGAGGCAGUGCCCGCUCUGGAGGCCAUCGCUGGUGAUGGUGUCGCUGGGGUUCCUGCCUUGUCCCACCAUAAUUAACUGGACCCCUCCUUCCCCUGGCCUGAGGGACACGCUGUACAGGAUGUCCUCCAGACCCCCCUUGGGCCCACUUCUGGCUGUGACUCCUGAAGGACAUCACUCCCAGGCUGGCUCACCAGGCUCCCAGGGGCCUGGCCUGGGACUUGGGGUGGCCCAAGGACUGGAGACACUUCUCUCGGCCACAUCCAGAGACAUUAUCACCUCUGUCAACAAAGUCUUGGCCUCCUGUUGUGGGGGUCAGGAGGCGCCUGCUUAUUGAUCUUGCUGAUGACAUCCUCAACACCACAAGACUACCCCCACUCCUGAGCUCGGCACCCGUGGUCAAAGGUUAGACAUGUCCGGUGACGGCAUCAUUUCCCAGGAUUCCCAGUGACCAGUGGUAUCUUCAUCAACCAGGACCCCCACAGCCAAUGGUUUUACUAUCUUCCAGAACAUCCCACAGCCAUGGUGGCACCUCCCAGGACCUGCUAUGACUGAGGGUGACAUCAUCACCUAGGAUCCCAUGAUCAUCUCCCAUGAUCCACCGUGCUGAAGGUGUCAUCUUCUGGGUCCCACCAGGAACAACAGUGCCAUUAUCUUCCAUAAUCCAUAUGGCUGAUGGUGACAUCCUCUACCAGAGUCCACUAGGACUGAUGGUACCACCAUUUCCCAUAAUCCCCAUAAUUUCACUGUCAUCACUUCCCAGGAUCCACUUCAACCAUGGUGUCAGCACCUCCCAGAAUCCAUUUCAACCCUGGUGUCAUCACCUCUCAUGAUCCAUGACAGCUAGUGGUGAUCAUCAUCUCCCAGGAUCCAUGAGAACCAACAGUGUCAUCACCUCGAGGAUCCAUGACAGCCAAUGGUGUCAUCACCUCCCAGAAUCCACUUCAACCACAGUGUCAUCACCGUCCAGGAUCCAUUUCAACCAUGGUGCCAUCAUCUCCUAUGACCCAUCUGACAGCCAAUAGUGUGAUCACCUCCCAGGAAUCCACGUCAACCAUGGUGUCAUCACCUCCCUAGAUCCAUGAGAAACAAUGUUGUCAUCACCUCCCAUGAUCCACUUCAACCACUGUGUCAUCAUGGCCCGGGAUCCACUUCAACCAUGGUGUCAUCACUGCCCAGGAUCCACUUCAACCAUGGUGUCAUCACCUCCCUGGAUCCAUGAGAAACAAUGUUGUCAUCACCUCCCAUGAUCCACUUCAACCAUGGUGUCAUCACUGCCCAGGAUCCACUUAAACCAUGGUGUCUUCUCCUCCUAUAACCCAUGACAGCCAAUAGUGUCAUCACUUCUGAGGAUCCAUGACAGGCAAUGGUGUCAUAUCACCUCCCAGGGUCCACUUCAACCAUGAUGUCAUCACCUCCCAGGAUCCACUUCAACUAUGGUGUCCUCAUCUCCUAUGAACCAUGAAAGCCAGUGGUGUCAUCACUGCCCAGGAUCCGUUUCAACCACGGUGUCAUCACCUCCCAGGAUCCACUCCAACUACAGUGUCAUCACCUCCCAGGGUCCACUUCAACCAUGAUGUCAUCACCUCCCAGGAUCCACUUCAACCAUUGUGUCAUCAUCUCCUAUGACCCAUGACAGCCAAUGGUGUCAUCACUGCCCAGGAUCCAUUUCAACCACAGUGUCAUCACCCCCCAGGAUCCACUUCAACCAUGAUGUCAUCACCUCCCAGGAUCCACUUCAACCAUUGUGUCAUCAUCUCCUAUAACCCAUGACAGCCAAUGGAGUCAUCACUGCCCAGGAUCCAUUUCAACCAUUGUGUCAUCACCUCCCAGGAUUCACUUCAACCAUGAUGUCCUCACCUCCGAGGAUCUAUCAUCUGUAGGGCCCAAAUUUACUGCAUCUCUAUUUCAGUUGUCUUCUCGGGUCACAUGGUACCUACAAUUGUUCCCGUAAGGGGAACCAGCACAACACACCAUUUUCUCAUUCCCCAAAUCGAGGAGGGUGGGACCAGCUAGCUCCCCCUCUGAUGACAUCGCCCCUACUCUGGCCCUUCCUGACAAUGUCGCUGCCUCACUCCUCACUCAGCUCAUUGCCUGGAUCAACCCUACCGCAGGCUUGGCCUUGGCCAACCCCUCAUCACGUCCGUGGUGGGGGCACCCUGGCCCUCCUGAUCACAUCACUGCCCCCCACCCAAUUGUCUGGCCAGUGACACGGUCCACACCGUGACCACUCAUAUCGCCAGAGGUGGGGCGGUCAGGCCUCUGAUGACGUCACUGCCCUUUGCCUAGCCCCCACUCCCUGGACACCGCCGCUGGCUGGGGCCAAACUCUUCUCAGAGACCCUGACCCCUGUGGGAUGGGCGGACAACUGACUACUUCCCUGGGGCCUUCUGUCCUGUCCACUGGCCUGGUCCUGGGGCACCCCCUGUGGAGGGGCUCCGCCUGCCCCACAGCAGGGAAGUGUCUUCCUUCACCUCUCCCCCCAACACACCGGGGAGCCUCCAGGGGUUCUGGGGAGUCCUCAGGUCCCAAUGCACAAUUGCCCCAAUCCUCUUUGUACAUAGCCAUGUUGCGGGGGACGGCCAUUCCCGCACUUUUAAAGGGCUACACGCCCCCCUCUCGCAGCCCCAAGGGCGAGGUGGGAGGGGGGCCUCUUCUCCCUCCCCUGGGCCGUCCCCCUCCCUCUCAUGUCUCCCCCCUCCACCUACCGGCCCCUCAGCUCAUCCAUCCCCUCUUGUCAGGCACCCGGGAUGGUUAACUGGCCCCACCUCCCACCACACUGAGGGAACGGGGUUCCCCCGAUCCACCUACACCCCAAAGCCAGUUUCCCAGUCCCAGGCUUACAGCUGCUCCGUGGGGCCCCCCAGCCUUUCUCGGGCCUCCCCGUGCCCAGCGCCACUAGGCCAACUGUAACCUCCCAGAAAGGAGCCGCCCAAGCAUCCGCCGUGCCCCUCUGCUCACCACCCCCCACGAAACACUCAGCUUCCUCCAGACGGCAGAAUCUGGGGGCUUUUGUGUGCUCCCCUCUCCCUGGAUCCCAGGCCUCUGGCCCCCAUUCAGUCUGGCACAGGCGGCCUGACCCUGGGGCCUUGACCUCGUCUCAAAUAAGCCAUAGUGGGGAGUGGUCUCCAGUGGGCACAGAAGCCACCCCCGUCGCCACACCAAUCCCGUGCAUGCACAGGUGUGCACACACGACUCCCCUCUUGGCCUCUUCUGGUUGGGGGGUGGCGGGGGCGCGGUGCACAGCCGAGAGGGUAGGCAGCGGGGGAACAGAAGCCCCCCAGACUCCGCCUCCUUCCUUACCCCCCCCAGCCUCCCUCCCGCCCUGGCCCCCGCCCCAAGUCCCUGGUGAGGACGGCCUGAGGAGCUGGGACGUGGUAUUUUUUGGAAUAAACACGUUUUCCUGAUU